AUGCAGUCCAAGAUCGUCACCGUCCUCUCCUUCGUCGCCGCCGUUUCGGCCCACGGCAAGGUCACCUCGCCCACUCCCCGCGUUGCCGGCGAUGCCUUCAAGGAGGCCUGCGGCACCACCAUGUGGAACACCGAGCAGUCCGAUCCCUACGGCAACAUCCAGGGCCUCGCCCAGCAGGCUGGCAGCAGCCUCGACGCUUCCAAGUGCGAGCUUGCCCUCUGCAAGGGCUACAAGUUCGCCGACAACUCGGCCAACAUCCAGAGCUACACGCCCGGCCAGACCGUCGACUUCAAGGUUGAGAUCCGCGCCCCCCACACUGGUGUCGCCAACGUGUCCGUCGUCGACACCACCAGCAACUCCAUCAUUGGCUCGCCCUUGAUCUCCUUCACCAACUACGCCAGCACCAAGACUGGUGUCGCCGCCAACAACACCGCCUUCAGCGUCACCCUCCCCGACACUCUGCCCUCCAACUGCGGCACCGCCGGCAACUGCGUCCUCCAGUGGUGGUGGGACUCUGCCGAGGCCGGCCAGACUUACAUGUCCUGCGUCGACUUCACCUCCGGCGGCUCUGGCUCCGGCUCUGGCUCUGCUACUCCCUCUGCCGCUCCCUCUGCCGUCCCCACCACUCUCGUGACCUCCGCUGCCCCCGCUGCCACUCCCGCCACCCCUGCCACCAGUGCCGCCAGCGAACCCGUCGCUACUGAGCCUGCCUCUUCCUGCAACAAGCGUCGCGCUGCGAAGCGGGCCCUUCGCAAGCGUAUCUAA